AAAGUAGCCCACCCUGGUAUACGUAAGCCGUCACACUGUCGGGUUGUGCAAUGCUCGAUUCUACUUACUGCAACACUAAACUACCUCAGUUCCCAUGCAUCGUGAUCGAUGGGAUGGCAGAAAGCAGGUAUCACUACCGGCCAUUAAAUGAAUUCGAUUCGAUUCGACUUUUGGUUCUACAGCCUUCUGUUGAUAUUACCACCAAUAUUCAUUGCACCUUGCUCACGACCACGUUGACUAAAUGCGACAAUGAUAUAAUUUCUGGAUAUACCGCGCUCUCCUAUGUCUGGGGUGACGCACGAGUGACAAAAUCGAUAUACAUCGAGAACAAAAUAUUCGAGGUCACAACUAACCUCGACUCGGCUUUACGUCACCUACGUGAUUCUUCAAGGGUACAACUGUUAUGGGUAGAUGCAAUUUGCAUUGACCAAACCAAUGACAAUGAAAAAAGCAAACAAGUAGUUCAGAUUGGAAGAGUCUAUCAGGUCGCACGGAACACAGUCAUUUAUCUCGGCGAGUCUACCGAAUCCUCAAAACUACUUCUCCAAGUAAUUCAACGUAGCCAUGAUCGGAUUCUGAGCUCCGGAAACUCGACAGCAAUGGACAAGUUAGCUGCGAUUCUUAAGGGCAUGGAUUUAGACAAGGUAAAGGAUUUGUUUUUGGACAUAUUGGAACGACCUUGGUUCACGAGAAUAUGGGUCCUUCAAGAAUUGAUCUUUUCGGCAAAUCCAUGGGUGCAGUGUGGACAACUUCGUGUUAAGUGGAAACAGCUCUUCAAUGCAUUUGAAACAAUCUCAAUCUCGAUAUCAGGUUCCCGUCCCUCCAGGCUACAUGAGUCACUUGGUAGAUUUGUUGCAAUGAAUCAAAAGCGAGACACUUUCAAGCUAACGAGAGAACCCUCUGAUAUUCCAGUAAGAGAUAUUUUAGAACUCCUAACGGCAAGAAGGGGACUAGGGGUUUCCGAUCCGCGAGAUAUGCUAUUUGCGCACAAAGGGAUCUUACAAGGUUCUCCUGAUGUUGAAUAUUCUCAAAAUAUGGCACUAGUGGUUGACUACUCCAGGAGCGUAAAGGAUGUCUACACAAAUUUGGCUCGCUACUGCAUUGAAAAAUCUUCAGAUGACAGAAAAUUAGAAGUGCUGUCACAUAUAGAAGGUGGCAAGGAGAGUUGGCAUAAGGAGAAAGAACUUGAUUUGCCAUCUUGGACACCUGAUUGGACAUUGAGAGGUUAUCCCCGUCCUUACCGAUAUUUGCGGGAAAUGGCAUAUGUCGAGGGUGGUAGCUGGCCGGGUGCUUGCAGUAAGAAACGAAAGGGUCAUUAUUCGUCUCUACAAUGUUGGUGGCUCAAAUCAUCCUUCGUGUGCUCUGGUUGGUCGGCGGGCACUAUUACUAAAGUUUCACGAGCCAUCACUCCGGUAAAAGCUGCAUGGAAGUUACAAAAGGAAGACGUUCUGCUUUCAUUGCUACAAAAAGAUUCCAUUAAAGAGGCCUGGACUAUGGCUUUGACUGGAGUAUAUAAUCGAUGGUGCAGUACCAUCGAACCGCUUUAUCAUGAAACUGAUCUGACGGAAACGCCCCUUGAAGACUCUUUAAGGCCUCGCCUAUCACUUACCAGUAUGUUUAAAAAAUCUGGUCUGGGGUUGGAUGUACUUAAGGAGAUUGCUUCGACUUUGUCUCUGGAUGACUUGCACUCUCUUGAAGAAAAUGAGGACUUUUUUCGGAGCAGCAUCACCACCGCAAGCCGAUUCGCUUCCACAUUGAGUAUUAUCCUGUGGGCCCAUGCCGUGAUAGAAAAUGUUGAAAUAUCCAAGGCAAUCUUUUCCGAGGCUCUCUACAAUAGAAAGUUUGCCACACUUGAAGAUGGAACUCUAACUCUAGUGCCAGCAGCAGCUAGAAAGGGAGAUGUUAUUUGCUUUCUAGCAGCUGACCUGACAACCCCCUUUCUUCUUCGACCAAAGCAUGUACGAUUUGCUGAUUUGGAGAAAGAAAAUAAAAAAUAUCUCUCCGGGGUUUUGGAAGCAUCCUACUAUACAUAUUCAGACUAUACUUUUAUGGGCGAAUGUCACAUUGACACUCCGUGUUAUACUCCUGAGUGGAAACCGAUGCAUCGCGCCAUUGAUGAAGCUCAUUCGAGACGAAUCAAACGCUAUGAAGAUGAAUUGGCUGGGGAACUGGAUGAUGAUACCAGUCGCAGGCUCGAGAUCUUUCCAAUUAGCUGACCGUUCAUUUGAUUGACUGCAAAAGUUCACUGGAAACAGCUGUCUCGAACUCCACAUUGACAAUGAAGUGUUGUCUUAAAAGGCAGAAUAAGAAAUGGCGACAACAUGUUCGUAGUGAGCGGAGAUAACACCACUACAGUAGCAUUACUACAGCAAGCUAGUCAAUUCUCUGUUAUAAUAAAACCUAUGAGAACGAAACAAAAUCUAUCAAGCCCCUAAUGCAGUCAAUUAAGAGAUUCAUUUCAAAGUUGAGACGAUGGUAGGUUAAGAGAAUUGUGGUUUAUUUUUAGUAGAUAGGCAGUCUUCUCGCUAAAACACCAUAAAUAGGAGCUAAUCAGUGGCUGUACGAUUGAUAAAAUCACCAACUCCACACUAAUAUCACCCUGCAGAUAUUGAUCAGAGCGUUUGUAAGUCAAGAAUCCUUCCAAUGGUUUCUGAUUUACUACUAGUCAACACGUUAAUGCAGGUUCAAGUAC